ACAUAAAUGCAUUUUUUUUUAAAUGCAUUCUUAAGACAACGAAAAUCGUGCUUAGGGAAGGUGGGGAAGUGGCAUAAUUCGGGAACCCUAGCCCCUGCACCACAUACCCGAAAAAUGUCAUCUUCACUGCUUAAAACCUCGCGCGGCACAUGGCGACACCUCAAAUUCUUCUCACUAAAAUGGUUCCUCUCCAAUCCUCUGCACCCCAACCCCAAUCCCCGAACCCCAUUGUUGAACUUCAAUUGCAGUUUUCAUCAAUGCAAGAACGAUCGGUUCUCUUCAUUUUCCCGCCGUCAACUGGAUUCCCCGUCUGGGUCGGGCGAGAAUGUUCGAUUCUUCGGUUCGCAAGUUGGGUUGGCCCAGCCGGAUGAGCCCUCCACCAGCGAUGGGCUUACAGUGGAGGGAAUCAUUAGAAACAAUUGGAGUGUUCUUGAUGAGAGUCAGAGCGAUUGGAGGAGUCAUGCCUCUUCCAUUGCUCUGUCCAUUCAACUUAUCAAGAAACGCCUCAAGUGGAGGAAGCUGCUUGAUAGUAUUGAAGUUCUGUCAGCUGAGCUCAACAAACCAGAUAUUUGGGAGGAUGCUGUUAAAGCAGGAAAGUUAAGCAGGGAACAUGGUUUUCUGACAGGUAAAAUGGAGGAGGUCAGGGCAUUUGAGCAAGAGUUGCUUGAACAUAUCGAUAUGAUUAAGCUUGCUCAGGAAGAGAAUGACAAAGAUUUGGAACUGGAAUCACUAAAUGCAUUAAUGAGGGUUAGAAGAAGCCUGAAAGAAAAAGAACUUGAAGCUUUACUGUCAGGGGAGCAUGAUUCUUGCUCUUGUUACAUUGAGGUUCAAGCUGGUGCUGGUGGUACUGAAAGCAAUGACUGGGCUUCAAUGGUCAUGCAGAUGUAUAAGUUAUGGGCUCAGCGUCGAGGAUAUGAAGUUACUAUAGUGGACGAAAUGCCUGGUGAGGUCGCAGGAAUAAAGCGUGCCACGAUUAAAGUUGAUGGUGAGAAUGCAUUUGGAUAUGCCAAAGCAGAAGUAGGAGUACAUCGCUUGGUACGCAUAUCACCUUUUGAUAGUGCCAAGCGAAGGCAUACUUCAUUUGCUGCAGUUGCUGUGAUACCCAUUGUUGGCGAUGGCUCUACAAGAGUCAAAAUUAAUGAAUCUGACCUUCGGAUUGAACGGUUUCGGGCAGGAGGAGCUGGCGGUCAGCAUGCGAACACAACGGAUAGUGCUGUGAGGAUUACUCAUAUUCCUACAGGAAUUACUGCUUCUUGCCAGAAUGAAAGGUCACAACAUCAGAACAAGGCUUCUGCCAUGGCCGUGCUUCAGUCUCGGUUGGACCAACUUGAGAUGGCUCGCCAGGCUCAAAUGAAUGCCCAACACACGCAAUCACUCACGGAUAUUAGCUGGGGCAAUCAAAUACGCACCUAUGUACUCCAACCAUACUGCAUGGUCAAAGAUCUACGAACGAAUUAUGAGGUUUCGGACCCUUAUUCCGUUCUUGAAGGUGAUCUUGAUGAUUUUAUCUUGAAGUACCUCUCAAUAUCUUUUGAUACUGCAAACAAAUGACCUCUACCACAAGUCAUCUUGAUGGUAAUGCAAUGACCAUUAAAACAGACGGGUUGCCCAAGGUCUUUUUAGAUUAUUACUUUUUUGUAUAUAAUUAUUAUGUCUUUGAGUCAUUGGACAAAAUAGUCCUAUAUUUCUUAGUUUUGUAUCUAAUUUUGAAGCGAAUAAUGUGUCUCAAGUGGUGUUUACAUCCAUCCAACGCAUGUCGUUUGGAAGCUUACUUUGUGGUUUCGAGCCUUCAUCCUUCUAUAGAAGCAAGCAAUUGACCGAAAAGUUGAAGAUGAUGAGGGAGUUGAACCACAUUUUCUUUUAGUUUACAAUGGCAUACUUUAUUGGAGUUAUGGACUUUUGAACUGAACAGAUAAAUAAUUCUUUAAUAAAGUCAGAAUAUGUUGUGAUUGUGUACUGCUGUGCAAUAGGAUUACAAGAAGAGUGACUUGUACUUGGUAUUUUUUGAAUUGGACGCUAGCCUCUCUAAGGCUGUCCGUGAGCUGAGGUGGCUGUGGGCAUGGCCACGGAAGUGGGGAGGACCAAAAAGUGAACAAUCAACGAGGGGACGGCGA